CCAGGCCACACUCGAAUGAUGUUAACCACAACCACACAAGACAGCAUCGUGUCCCAUGUCACCAACACAGGCACAGUUCUUUCAGGGAUACUGGGUCUAUGUCAACGUAGCAAGUGCCACGGGAAGCGCGCGGUAUCAGUUUCCAAGAUGAAAUAUGAUGCAAUUGUGAAGCUGCUAGGCGACUUUGGCCCCUACCAGAAGAGACUUUACUUCCUGCUAUGUAUUCCUAUGAUAUCAGUCGGGAUUCAGACCAUGUUGACUAUCUUCACACUUGGUGUACCAGACCACAGGUGUGCUCUCCCUGACUGGGACAACGACACAUACACUAUUCAGGGGGAGAAACAUGCACGUGCAGUCAACGCAGCCAUUCCUCUGCCUACUGAAGGGACACAACUCUACUCUUCCUGUCUUAUCAAAAGCACCAUCAAUACAACAGAUGGACAUGCAUUUGACACAAAUUCUACUCGAAGAUGUGAAAAAUGGGUCUACGACACUGAUGUGUUCAGUUCAACUAUUGUGACAAAGUUUGGUUGGGUAUGCGACAUGAAGUUAACAAAAUCCCACGCUCAGAUGAUGUACAUGCUAGGAUCGCUAGUGGGCAGCGUUUUGUUGGUGUCACCGUCAGAUUUUAUCGGACGGAAGAAAAUGUUUAUGGUGUCAGUCUUACUGCAUGCAGUGUCCACCAUCGUGACUGCCUUCAGCCCCAGCUUCGCCAUCAUCGGCAUCCUGUACUUCAUCAACGGAAUGUCCGGCAUCGCCAUAUGGAGCAACGCAUUCGUCGUAGGUGUGGAACUAGUCGGUCCCUCAAAGAGAGUAUUGACUGGCAUCAUAUGCGAGAUAUACUGGACUGUAGGAGUCUUCAUGGCAGCAACGAUGGCAUACCUUGUACGAGAUUGGCGACAUCUGCAGCUGAUAGUUUCAGCGCCAACAGUUUUGUUUCUGGCAUACUACUGGUUUAUGCCGGAGUCUCCACGUUGGUUGAUUAGUAAGCAGAAGUAUGAGGAAGCGGACCGGAUAUUACGUCAUGCCGCCAAGGUCAACAAGACGUCCUUGCCCUCUAACAUAUUCAGCGGACACAUGUUAGAGAGGAGGAAGGAAGAACCACUAUGGCGGAUGUUCACAAGUCCCUCUUUGGUUAUCAGAAGCCUCGUGUUGUUUCUCAACUGGUUCGUGGUCAGUCUUGGCUUUUAUGGCCUCGGUCUCAACGUGGCCAGUCUCGGUGGAAGUGUUUACACCAACGUGUUCAUCACCGCAGUGGUCGAGCUGGUCGGUCACGUGGCCUGUCUUCUACUCCUCGAUCGCAUUGGUCGGAAGUCGCUCCAUUGCACCGCUAUGAUCCUCGGCGGUGUGUUCUGCACAGCGACCAUCCUACCUGUCAUCUAUGGAGGUGGAUCUCUCAACUGGCUGACCAUUGCCUUAGCUUUGACUGGUCGGGGUUUCGCAGUGGCAAGUUUCGACGUCAUCUGGUUGUAUUCUUCAGAACUCUUCCCCACUGUCAUCAGGAACUCGGCUCUGGCAGUUGCUAACAUAUGUGCAAGGGUGGGAGGAACUGCAUCACCUUACAUAGCUAACCUGGCUCUGGUGAUAUCAGGAGACUUUGGUCGGGCUGUUCCUCUCAUUAUAUUCGGUACGUCCAUGGCAGUGGCUGGACUGGCAGCUUUGGCAUUGCCUGAAACUCUCAACAACCCACUCCCAGAUACUAUUGAUGAUGCCAGGCAGAUGAAAAGAAGAAGCCGCCGACCUGAAAAUACCCGGACUGACUUUAUCCGAUCUAACGCUGAAGAGCUUGCGAAUCUUCAGCCAAAUGGAGAUGCAGCUACCACUAAGCCCACAUUAUAGAAAUUUUGUAGGAAGACCAUCACCGCUAUGUGCGUCAUCUUGCCGAGGCAAGGGAGUUAACUUACUAUAAACGUCCAGUUUCCACCCUUGCCGAACUAGGCUGGAAUUAUGGAGUUACAUUUUGGCUGUACUAACGAGUGUAUGCAUAGUCUAAUCAAAACCGCAUCACGAAAUAGACAACCGGUGCGUAAACAAGAUGGAUUUCAACGUUCACAUUUCGGUCGACUGCAGGGUUUGCAAAGCAUGUUAUCGCAAACUGGGCGUCGACAGAUAUUUUGCAAAUUCUUUCAUACUUUUAAUCGAGGUGCUCACGUGAUUACAUGCACUUCGCGGGGGUAAACCCGGUGUAUGACAAUAUGGAGCUUGAUUAUCAAGCAGAUCGUCUUGACUGGACGCCGCCCUUUUGUUUGAAGCAAAUGCAAGUGAUAUGAGAGGGAGUACAUAGAAGGGACAUAACUUGUAAUAGCCACUGGUGGCGCUACGAUCAAGACUAGAAAUCCAGCUGUUCGGCAAGGGUGGGAACUGUACUUUGAUAGUCAGGUAAUUCCCUUGCCUCGGGAAGAUGUAUGUGCGUCUGUGUUUGUUGAACGUAGGUGAAUAGCAUUUACCUUCAUCGAAUUCUGGUAUUUGGCCAAUUCAUAUCAAAGUCACAAUAAAGAUUACGUAUUAAUUAAAAUAUUAUCGGGGCCGGGGUUUUUCCUAAAUGGCAUAUAUACAUACUCAACGGGAAGUAAUCUCAUCAAAUCUGCAUUUGGAUUACUAGAUUGGCUAGAUUCUCUUUUUCCGGCCUGACAUUCCACUGCAAGAGAAACAUUUAGUUUCAAAACCGGAAGUGUCAUCAUACGACCGGAAGAGCACAUAACAUUCACGUCUUUCGUUUCAAGCGAUAACUAUUCACUAAAUCCCAACCGGAAAAGACGUUUCAGACCGCAAGUAUAUGCAAGUACAGAUAAGAUGUUUACAUAACGUUAUUGUAAGGUAAGCAAAAGGCCCAAAACCAAACAUCGAAGUAGGUAUGAUACAUGUUGGAAAAUAAUGUAGUUAUAAGACUUUUUUGUUUACCUUGCAUAAUAGUGUAGUUAUAGCGGAGGAUUUAGUGAUCCCGCUACAAGUGAUCGAGUGAGCCAUUUUUUUACCACGCCCCUCUCAAAAGAAACAAAGAGGUUUGUUUUCCAGUGUCACAAUGAAAGGCUCAGACAUGUGUAUUUGGAGAUCGUUAACUGAUGUAAUAUGAUAUGAUCAUUUUAGCAUAUCUGGGUUUCUUCGUGCCUGGAGAGAUUUAUUUUUUUGGGCGCCAUUACUAUUGGAUUUCCUUCUACAGCAAGGAAACGGUAUACGUCCGUUUUCCGGAAACCUUACAGAUACCUUCCCAUUUUGAAUCCGGUCCGGAUAUGUUCCGGAAACAUUGUGGAUACCUUCAACAAUCUUCACUUUUCUUUGCAAUUCUGAGAUAUUUGUGCAAUUGAUAUUAACUAAACACAAUGCACCCCCAAAAUUUUGACCAUUUUUGGAGAAGGUUUCCGGAAGGUAUCCGGGCCGGAUUCAAAGUGGAAAAGUAUCCGCAAGGUUUCCGGACAAUGGAAAGCUACCCCUUGCUGCUGUGUUAACUUCUUACUAAAGAGCUGUGUACAGUGUUUGCUUACUUGUCCUCACUAUCCCUCUCAAGACAAUGUUGGCGAGACGUUUCCUGAA